AUGCAAGCACACAAAGCUAAUGGAAACUUGACAGAAGAUAGAACAGUGGUGAUGCGCAGGUAUACUCCUUCGGAUAAUAGAGAGGUCCUGCGUAUCUUCCAAGAAGGUAUGAUGGAAAUGGUGGCCGACACUGCUUUUCGUGGCUUACUGUAUCACCCAGAAAGUCAAUUACUGUACGCUGCUGUAACAGUUUCAAUCUAUGUGCUCACUGGAUCGAUAUGGUUGGCCUGCUGCAUACUGCCACUUGUAUUAGGCGCACGGUACCACUACAGUAGGAAAGUGGUGAAUAGAUACUUGGAAAGGGCGCAGGACAUGCAUGACAUUGACCAGUACUACAUGGAAUCCUCUGUUCACUGCCUCUGGGUUGCGGAAAUUGGAGGUUCAGUGGUUGGGAUGGUUGCAGCCCACUGUCUUCAGGAUGGCAGCAUAGAGCUGCUACGCAUGUCUGUGGACCAGCGCUUUCGAUGCCAGCGGGUUGGGGUAGCACUUGGCCAGCAGGUUCUCAAGUUUGCCCGUCUAUGUGCCCGCUCCUCUUCCUCUACUACCACCUCAGUGGUCCUGGGUACCACAGCGUACAUGGCAGCACCCCACCGCCUUUACCUGGCUCUAGGCUUCCGCUGCGUAGGCAUCACUGAAGGAUUCUCCACACCUGGCAUUGAGCGAUCCCUCCUGGAAAGAGCAUUCUACAGAGUCCGCCACCACCACUACAAAGUGGACUUAAAAUAG